UCUUCUUGCCGGUCCAUUGGGGAAUAGCAAUGGCGUACGGAUUCUCUACUUGCCUUCACUUUUGUUGCCCAUAUCCACAUUCCUUCUACUAUCACACCGGUCAUAUACAAUAGACCCAUAUUGAGACAUUCUCUUUGAUUACACACUCUUUUCAUCUCGCGCACCUAAUAACACUAAACCGUGUUCUUUGACAGGUGAAAGCGAGUCACGCCCGAGAGCCAUUGAACUCGAAGAUACAGAGGAUAUGAGAUCCCAGAGUAAUAUGUCUGAUCGCCUGGGCGUUGAAGUCGACUGCCACUCACUCGGUUCCAACGAAUGUCCGUCUAUGGGUUCCAGCUUCUCGCCUUUGGAAUCACCCACACCUACCCCUACGAGCAUCUACAGCCAAGGUUCACUUGCUUCCCCCAGCUGGCCAGAGAGCGGGUCAUACCCCGGCCACGCUUACGACAGAGGUACCGGAUCGACACCCAUACGCGGCCACUUCCGUCUCGCCAGUAUGCCCUCGCACGAGAACAUGGGUCUGCCACCGUACAGCAGCCUGGAUGGACAGGAUCGCAUGGCGGUGACAGAUUUCCUGCCCUCGUAUGACGAGAACGCGGACCAGUUCUGGCUCCCCUCGGAUGUUCCCAAGACCUACGAUCACCAUGUCCAUGGACUCCCAUGCCCGCCGGCCAUGCACCAAUAUCCGCCCAUGCUUCGCAGCAACUACCGCCACCACCCCGCUCCGUAUCUCCCUGAAUCGGCCACCAACCCAUGCCUGUCGCGCCCCAUCUUCCAUCAUCAACCCGAGCGCCUGCCACCAUCGUUGUCCAUGAGCCACAUGAUGCCCUGGAUGGGCCAUACGGAGUCGAUUGCGCCGGAGACCAUUGCUCCGUCCCAAGUUGCACCGGUAACCCCUCCUCCAUCCUACACGGAUUUCUCCAACUCUAUCAACACCUUCAAGACCCACUCGCCGGCUACGCCCAUCCGCUCGUGCUCUCUGGGCACUAUCUCUGGAGCGGACACACCCCUGAGCCGUCUCUCUGGCGGCGCUGGUGAAUACAUGGAUGAAUACCACCAGUCGCCUGUCUACCGAGAUGCGUCAGGCGUUCGUCUGCAGCGGCAGCCAUCCCGCAAGAUGGCGCGGAAGCAGUCUUCCAAGCAGAGCCUCUCACUAGAGAACCUGCCAUCCAUCAUCAAGCAGGUGCAGUUCAAGUGCAAAGAACCUGGCUGCAAAGGUCGCUUCAAGCGACAGGAACACCUCAAGCGCCACAUGAAGAGCCACUCCAAGGAGAAGCCUCAUGUCUGCUGGGUUCCCGGCUGCCAUCGAGCCUUUUCACGCAGUGACAACCUCAAUGCCCAUUACACCAAGACGCAUAGCAAACGCGGAGGCCGCAACCGCUAUGUGGCCACCUUGGAUGAGACCAGUCCCGACUACAACCCGGACUACCGGGGGCCACUUACUGCUGACGGUCGCCCCCUGCCCGGUGGGACGCUGGACGAGUCCAUGCCUUCCCGCGAGAUCAGCAUGGAAUGGGAUGAGUAAAAAGAUAAAAAAAGAAAAUAAGAAAAGAAAAAAGAACAAAAAAGAAAAUCCUUCAAAACGAAACGGAAGCUACAGACAGACUACGAAGAGAUUAAUGGGUGGAUCGGAACCAUGAUACCCUUGUGACGCAGUCGACACAAAGAAUUUCCUUGAGUAUUUUAGAUGGGCACAGACAUAUAGGGUCCAAGAGACCCCGGUCGGCGCUUCACGGCGUUAUUUUUCCUUUUCUUCCAUUUUUUCCCCCUUUCCUGUUGUAUAACAC